AUGGCUGGCGUCGCGAACAAUGGUGCCGGAGUGGCCGUGCCGGCGUCUGAUGGUGAUCAGGAUCCACUCGGUGCGAGUGGCGGGGAAGAACCGAGUGAAGGACAGAAGAGGCGACGGGAUCGCCACCGGCACGUCGUGGAGGGCGACGCCGCCGUGAUGAUGAGGACGAAGAUGAUGAAGGACGUGGUUCAUCAGGACCACCGCCAGUGUGGGCUGUCAGACUUUGAGGACUUCCACAUCAAGGCGAAGCUUUGGUUGGCGACGACAAAGGUCAAGCCGAAGGCACGUGGGCCCUUGAUCUUGAAGUCGCUCACGGGAGCACCCUUCGAGCACUACAAGAACAUCGUCGCGAGUGACCUAUCACUAUUGCGCCGAGGCUUGAAUGAAACUUGGCGCGAGUUCUUCGCGCGAUGGGACACUGCUUUGAGGAAGAUUUCGGAGCACAAGGUGGUUUUGCCAGAAGAGUACCAAGGAUUUCUUUUGAUCAAUGGCUUGCAGCUGACCGAGAAUGAGGCACGGGCCAUGCUGAACUUUACGCAUGGUUGCAUUCGACCAACGUCCGUGAAGGAAUGGUUGAGGAAGAACGAGACCAAGUUGUCGGCUGCCGAGCUUGGCGCUGAUCGAAAGAAGGCCAACGGAGUAUUACUCACCGAGGCCCUGGACGAGCUAGAGGACCCACAGGAGUACGAGGUUGACGAGGAGAUCAACGAGCUGGAGGCCUACUUGAUGGACUACCAGAAGAGCCAGGAGAAUGACCCCGAAGAGAUCCUUGAGGAGAACGAGGCGGCGGAGAUCUUGGCGACAGUCCUUCAGCAGAAGCGCUCCUACAAGCAGGCCUUGAAACUUCGAAAGGAGAAAGAGCUCAGCCGUGGCUAUGGGAAGGGCUACAACGGGUCCUUCUCUGGAGGAAAAGGUCGUGGGAAGCCCAGCAGCUCCAAUCGAUACAAUGUCUCCAUUGAGGAGGUGCGCAAGAGGACCGGACUCGAUGCUGGAACUGCAACCAGACUGGACAUCGAGCUGCAGAAUGUGCUCAACCGUCCAAACGUGACAACGCGGAAGGGAACAAG